GGACUGCCAUUCCACAUGGCGUUAUGUCCUUCCCCUCACACGUGUGUUUAUAGUGUACGUUCAAAGUCUAGGUCAAUAAUCGCCUUAUCAUACCGACUGGGAUUGGACGAUCACAUGCGCAACUGCUUAUAUAGUACCAUUUCGAAUUUUGUCGUCUGUUUAGAAAUAAAUCUUCUAAGGACGAUGCAUCUGUUCCUGGUAGUGGUGUGUCUAGUGGCGGCCAACGCCGUGCCGAUGAAAAAGAGCAGUGACUACGAUUACGUGAUGCAUCUGGUAGAGCAUGCUUACCACAGCGUAGAUAACUCAAAACCAAUAGGUCCAUAUGAUGGAUCAUCGUAUCUGGGCAAAAGGGACGAAAGGAGCAGUGACUACGAUUCCGUGAUGGACCUGGUAGAGCAUGCUUACCACAGCGUCGAUCACUCACAGCCCAUAGGCCCAGGCUACUAUAACGGACAUACUCUUGGUAAAAAGGAUUUAAGUGCCUUGCUAGAGUCAUUAAAGGAUUCCAUCGCCAAUGUUGGCAGUGCCCUUCAUCAGACAUUUGGUGGUAUCCCUCAACAUGGUGCCGAGCUUCUUUCGUCUGUUGUCCAAACAGGACUCCAGCCGGUAGCCGGACUCCUAAACAACGUUUUGCACGGACUCCAGCAGUCUAAUAUGGUCGACGUUCAAAAACGCGGGGCCAAGGAAUUUUUCGCAAACAUUGGAGACCAGUUGUCGACGACUUUCACAAGCCUAGGUCACGCCUUCCAGACCACGUUUCAAGGACUAGCACAAACAGCCGCUCAGCACGGAGCAGACCUCCUUACCCAGGCUCUACAAGGUGGGGCACAGGUUGUCGCUUCUGGAGCGAACACUUUUGCUAACAAUCUUCAACAACCACAAGUAUCUGCACAGAAGAGGAAUGUCCAUGACGUUCUUUCUAACCUCGGACAACAGUUGUCGGCGACUUUCACAAACCUUGGUAACGUCUUGCAGAACACGUUUCAUGGACUUGCGGAAACAGCCACUCAGCAGGGAGCAACUCUCCUUAGCCAGGCUCUACAGGGCACCAACAUGCAAGCCGCUACAGAGAGAAGGAAUGCUGCUGAUCUUUUGACAGAGUUGCAACAUCAGCUCACUCAUCUCGGUGACCUCCUCAAUCCCUUCCACCAUUCUGAUGCACAACCGCUUCCGGGUUCCGGGAUUACUGCAGAACAAAGGAAUGCUCGUAAUCUAUUGACAGAUUUGCAAAAUCAGCUCUCUCAUAUCGGUGACCUCCUCAAUCCCUUCCACCAUUCUGAUGCACAACCGCUUCCGGGUUCCGGGAUUACUGCAGAACAAAGGAAUGCUCGUAAUCUAUUGACAGAUUUGCAAAAUCAGCUCUCUCAUAUCGGUGACCUCCUCAAUCCCUUCCACCAUUCUGAUGCACAACCGCUUCCGGGUUCCGGGAUUACUGCAGAACAAAGGAAUGCUCGUAAUCUAUUGACAGAUUUGCAAAAUCAGCUCUCUCAUAUCGGUGACCUCCUCAAUCCCUUCCACCAUUCUGAUGCACAACCGACGGACGCUCCUAACCCAGAUUCAUAAUUUAUAUACGUCCACAAUGUGAAGUAACGAAAUAAAGCAUUUGUCAAUCUCA